UGGACUCCUUGCGCUUCGUUCGAAGAAACAUCGAUUCCGAACCGCCCAUGUCGGAGCUUCCAGCCGAUGCCGAUGGCGAUGGCUCGCUGGCGGCGCUGGAGGAAGAAGUCUUGCGGCGACUGCUGGAGCGAGCAGAGGUGCAGGCCGCAGUGAGCCUGGCGCGAGAAGGGAAAAGCCACGAGGCCGUGAGCUCCUUGCUGGUGAUUAUUCAAGGUCUUUUGGCCGAGGCCAAACCCAAAGCUGUAGCCAAGCGUGUGCGCACACGGCCGCAGGAGGAAAAGGAGCAGCCAGAAACGGAGAAAGAUGACAAGACUGGGGAGAAAGCAGAGGAGAAGAGGUCUGUACGCCCUCGAACUGAUGAGUACUGGCUGGAGGAGUGCUCACGUACGGUUGAGGCUGACCGUUUGCGUACAGAAGAGCAAGCUCGCGCCAAGGCUCUUCGCGCAGAGCAAGCGAGCGUGAGUGCUGCGCCCGAGAUCAUCGAUGUGGAGGUUGAUGGCACUCCGCUCUUCUGGCGGGUGGAUUUACCUGAGGUGCUGAAGGUCCUGUCGAAACGUGGGAUUUUGCCCAGCAAUUUCUUGCCAGUGGUGAAACCCCACGUGACCUUGCUCUACCUCGGCGGGGAUUUGUCCGAGCCAAAAGCGGCGCAACGUGCGGAGAUGUCGGUGGAGGACUUCCGAAAAGCGAAAAAGACGCUGGAGAACUUGAAGGGAAGACAGGUUGCAAUUCGGAUGACUGAGAUCGUCAUUGAGGAGAAUGUGGCUUGUGCCUUGGUUCAGCUCCCGGAAGGAAUCCCAUGUGGCAGUAAAGUGCCGCACUUGACCUUGGGAACCAGGCAAGGCGUCCCCGCACGGCACGCCAAUGACCUGUUGGAAGAGAUUGCCUUGGGCCGCACGUCGGGCAUCACCCGAAUGAAGCUGCCCAAGCCCAAGGAGCUUCGUGGGACCUUGGACCUGGAAACCUCGGCGACCUAUGCGGGGAGGACCUGAGUACCGAAAAAGGGAGAUGCUGCGACGGCGCGGAGCAGAGCACGUGGCGGGGAAGGUCUACCAGGCUACCAAUUUCAAUAAAUGGAUCCUAUAAUUAUAAUAUGCAC